UCAGAAACCAACCCCUCUCUCUCUCUCUCUCUCUCUCUCUCUCGCUCAAUCAUUCUCUGCUCCUUUUCACUCCGCUCGUCCACCUCCCCACCCCCCCCCCCCCCCCCCCCCCCCUCAUUGGUUUAGAGAGAGAAACAAACGAUAGUACUAUCAAAGAGUAGCAUCUCUCUGUGAUCGUGAAGAGGUUUUUGUUUUUGGAUACAAGUCUCUCUCUUCUGUCAAGCUCUAGGGUUCGUUGACUAGAUGUUGAGGUGCGCUUAAUUUGAAUCAUUGUAUUUUAAGCAGAAAGGUGAUGCAAUGAAGCAGUUCCCUAACCAUCUAUCUUCAGGUACUACUAAGAUUUCAUCUAUAAAUAUUUCAAAAGAGGCUGGAAGUGGUGCAUGGGGGAUCUUGUCUGGAUCUGAUGCUAGCCUUUUUUCAAGCUCUUUGCCCGUUCUUCCUCACGAAAAAUUAAACUUGAAUGAAUCAGAACAUGGUUGUCAAUCUGUGGAAUAUGUCCCGUCUGACUUAGAGAAAUUCCACCAAGACAUGGAGGGUAAUGAUCCCCUUGAAGAUCUUGAAACUCAUGCAAUCGGAAGCUUGCUUCCUGAUGAUGAGGAGGAGCUUUUAGCUGGCAUAAUGGAUGAUUUUGACCUGAACGGAUUGCCUGGUUCACUGGAGGACUUGGAAGAGUAUAAUAUUUUUGAAAGUGGAGGAGGUAUGGAAUUGGAAACUGAUCCUCAGGAGAGCUUGAGCAUGGGUAUGUCCAAGAUAAAUUUGUCUGAUGGUGUUGUUGGGAAUGGGAUCUCUCACUAUGCUAUUCCAAAUGGUGUGGGAACUGUUGCCGGAGAACACCCGUAUGGGGAACAUCCUUCCAGGACAUUAUUUGUUCGAAAUAUUAAUAGUAAUGUUGAGGAUUCUGAACUAAAAGCGCUCUUUGAGCAAUAUGGCGAUAUCAGAACUCUGUAUACUGCAUGUAAACAUAGGGGCUUUGUAAUGAUAUCUUAUUUUGAUAUCCGUGCUGCUCGAACUGCUAUGCGUGCAUUACAAAACAAACCACUGCGGCGGAGAAAACUUGACAUUCACUUCUCAAUUCCAAAGGAUAAUCCGUCAGACAAGGAUAUGAAUCAAGGAACCUUGGUAGUUUUUAAUUUGGAUCCUUCUGUUUCAAAUGAAGAUCUUCGCCAAAUAUUUGGGGCUUACGGCGAGGUCAAAGAGAUAAGGGAAACACCACACAAGAGGCAUCAUAAGUUUAUUGAAUUUUAUGAUGUUAGAGCCGCAGAAGCAGCACUUAAGUCAUUAAAUAGGAGUGACAUAGCUGGCAAACGCAUAAAGCUUGAACCUAGUCGUCCUGGUGGAGCUCGUAGAAACUUGAUGUUGCAAUUGAAUCAAGAGCUCGAACAAGAUGAAUCUCGAAGUUUUAGACAUCAAGUAGGUUCACCAAUUGCCAAUUCUCCGCCAGGUAACUGGGCACAGUUUAAUGGCUCUAUUGAAAAUUCUAUGCCAACUAUUAGUAAAUCCCCAGUUUUUAGGACCAUGAGUCCAACAGCUGGCAAUCAUUUGCCUGGAUUGGCUUCAAUUCUGCAUCCUCAACUAUCAUCCUCUGUGAAGGUAGCUCCUAUUGGCAAGGACCAAGGAAGGGUAAGCCAUGUGGACCACAUAUUUACCAGUUCAAACUCAGCCUAUGGGGCUACUUUACAACAGUCACAUUCAUUUCCAGAGCCCAAGUUGGACCAGUACCACCAAGCUAUGCCCUCUUUUGGCCCUUCAACUUCAAAUGGAUCUGCUAUUGAAACAUUAUCUGGGCAGCAAUUUCUUUGGGGAAAUCCGAAUCCAAAUCCAUACUCAGAGCCCACCAGUUCUUCAGCUUGGCCAAGUCAAUCUGUGGGACAUCCAUAUACAUCUAAUGGAAAGGGCCUUCCCUUUCAAUACUCAGGUCGGCAUGGCUCUUUGCUUGCCUCGUCCCAGACACAUCACCAUCAUCAUGUUGGAUCUGCCCCCUCCGGUGUUCCUUUUGAGAGGCAUUUCGGUUUCUUCCCAGAGUCACCAGAAACCUCAUUGAUGAGUCCUGUUGCUUAUGGAGGCGUGGGUUUGGGCCCAAACGAUGGAAAUUUUAUGGUGAAUAUGGGUGUUCAUGCUGGAAUUAACCCUGGCAUUAAUAUACCCGGGAGCAUGUCUGAAAAUGGUUCAUCAAGUUUCAGGAUUCGGUCUUCACCGAGGCUUAGCCCUGUGUUUUUAGGUAAUGGCUUGUACCCAGCGAUGCCACCUUCCAGCAUGGAGGGCUUAGAGCGUGGCCGGAGCAGAAGGGUUGAGAACCAGGUUGAUAGCAAGAAACAGUUUCAGCUUGACUUAGAUAAGAUUAAAAGUGGGGAAGAUACUCGGACAACUUUAAUGAUAAAAAAUAUCCCAAAUAAAUACACCUCAAAAAUGUUGUUAGCUGCUAUUGAUGAAAACCACAGGGGUACUUAUGAUUUCCUCUAUCUGCCGAUUGAUUUCAAGAAUAAAUGCAACGUGGGCUAUGCAUUUAUCAAUAUGCUAUCUCCUUCUCACAUUAUUCCAUUCUACGAGGCAUUUAAUGGAAAAAAGUGGGAGAAGUUUAAUAGUGAGAAAGUUGCUUCCUUGGCAUAUGCUCGAAUCCAGGGAAAGGCAGCCCUUGUGACCCACUUCCAGAACUCAAGCUUGAUGAAUGAAGAUAAGCGCUGCCGCCCAAUUCUCUUUCACUCGGAGGGCUCAGAGGCAGGUGAUCAGAUCAUCCUGGAACAUCUUCCCUCCAACAGUUUGAACGUCCAGGUCCUCAAGCCGAAUGAUUUCCACUUGGGCGAUUCUUCAGGAAGCCUGACAAAGGAUGGCUCUGGUGAGGGGCCAGAUAGCUCUUAACAGUAUCCUCAGCCCAACUGAUGGUGACUGUGAAUGCUAACUUUUGCGUACAUAAUCAACUGUAUAAAUCUCUAGGAAGAAAUGAGUAUCAGAACCCCACCCACCC